UGGACGGUAACAGAACAGGAUGAUCAACGCACUGAUGUGGGAUUCACUGUUUAUCUUAAUUGUGUUUGUGAAAUUGAAGAUGAGCGAACAUGUUACAAACAACUCCAGGAGAGUGUUAAAAUAAGCAGCGCACAUCAGUGGAUGUCAGCUGGCUACUUUAGCGCGUUAGCAGUGGUCCUGAGAACAAACAACGACUCGCCAUGGACCAACGAGUUUGACAAAAUUGAGUUAUCGUGUUUGAUUGAGUCCAUUUCUACAACCAGUCCCAGAAUUGAAUGGAAGAAGAUAACAAACGAGGGACCAAGUUAUGUGUACUUUCACGAAAGGAUCGUCGGUGACCUGGAGCACAGAGCGGAGAUCAGAGAACCAGCCACAUUACUGAUAACCAAUGCCACCAGAUUGGACACAGCCAAAUAUCGCUGUGAGGUCACCGCAGUUGAUGACCAGAAGUCAUUUGAUGAGAUUGUGAUUGACCUCGUUGUAAGAGUAAAGCCCAUGGUGCCAAAAUGCAGCGUCCCAAAAUCAGUGCCUUUUGGGAAGUCGGCCGAGCUGAGCUGCGUGGAGGAGGAGGGCUUCCCCAAGUCUCAGUACCAGUGGUUCAAGAACAGGGAGGAGAUACCCCAGGACUCAAAGACCAGCCUCAAGUUCAUCAACUCUUCAUACUCGCUCAGCACAGAGACAGGAACUCUGAAGUUCAUCGCAGUCAGAAAAGAAGAUGCAGGCGAGUACUUUUGCAGAGCGAAGAACGAUGCAGGACACUCUGAGUGUCCAUCCCAGCAGAUGGAAGUCUAUGAUAUAGAUGUUGUUGGGAUUGCACUGGGGGUGCUGGUGGUGGUCGUAGUGCUCUUAUGUAUAACGGUGGGCAUCUGCUGUGCAUACAAGCGAGGCUUCUUCUCCAGCCAAAAACAGACGGGGAACAACUACAAGGUUCCAGCUAAAGGAGAUGGAGUGGACUACGUCAGGACAGAGGAUGAGGGGGAUUUCCGACACAAGUCGUCAUUUGUGAUCUGAAAAAGGGAGAAGAUGAUGAGGGGCGUUGUGCUGAGUGAAAGACAUGACAUGUGGGACUGUACUCCACGCUGUCUGACCACGGAGCUGCCACAGUUCAUGCUCUCAGCUCUUAGCAUGACUGAAAUCCAACUACUCAAGUUUGCCAAAGGUGACAAGAUUCCACAGGACAACAAUAUGUAAAACUAUUACACAUGUAGGGACUGAGAUUCAUUUGUCAAUUUUUAUCACCACCAACUGAAUUCUUUAGCUAAAUUAUGGAGUUCUUACUUUACAGUUAUUGCAUGGUUUGAAACACCUAACAAGGUGGAGAAAAUGAAACAUUUCUUUGUUCAGCCAGGUAGAAAAGGAGGAGUCUAUUUCCUCCAAAGUCAGUCUAUCAUGAUACCUUUCUACUGUAAAACGUUUUAGCUUCAAAUCUUUUCUUCAUUUGUACAACAUUUCUUUUCUACUGUUGAAAUUUGUCAGACUAUUUUUGAUGGAAUAUAUUUUAAAAUGCCUAUAGAUAAAGGUUUACUUUUUUAAAUAUUUGUAAAAUACUAACAUGUGUUUUUUUUUUAUUUGGUUGUGGAAAAAAAUAUGUAACACUUUAACCACUUUGCAUCAAGCUGUAAGCAUUUACACCUUUGCAAUUGGAAGAAAGAAAGACAAAUGAAAAAUGACUCGUAUUAGCAUAUCAAGAUGUGGUUCUUGAUCGGCGGUCUUACAUAUUUAAUUUCUCCUCUGGGAAUGCCCAGCUUCUGUUGUGAGAGACUUCCAUGUUAAUGUUUGUAGAUAGUCUUUGUCAGAGGCUUUGAAGAGUGCCAGUCAAAUGCUGUGAAACACUGUACACAAUCAGUGCUGCAUUUUCUUGAUUUUAAGUGUCCUUCUCUGCUUGCUGUUAAUCUUGUAUAUAUUGAAUUUACUGUCCAGGAUAGAGUUUUGCUGUCAUACAUACGUUCAGUAUUACACUAUUAAUAAUGAUAAUAAUAAUAUUAUUAAGACAGGGUUUGUAAGUUAACCUUCCAGACCCAACCUAAACUAAAAGAUCUGCCUGAAAAGUUGUAAUACUUAAAAAAUAGACAUGGUACUUUGACAUUUUACUGUGUAAAAGCCUCUAUUUGAAUUCUAAAAAGAAACAAAUAAGAUGACCUGAUAGAGAACAAAGACCUUUCUGUUAUUGUGAGUGACAGUUAAACAACCCUAUAUGAUUAUUAAAUACCCCAACUCACAGACAAACAAAUACAGUAAGGCAGACCACAUCAAUCACAGAACACAGUCUUUGACGUGACGUUGAUAUUUGCUGAUGUUUACAAACUAGUUUUGCUAAUACCUGGCUAAAUGAGCCUUCCUAAGUCCCGCCUCUUUUUGCUUUGUGCUCCAUUAACAGUUGAGCAAGCCUCACUCAGCUUUCUCCUUUGCUGUACUGAGAUAUGAUAUGUGCUAGGCUAAUCUAUGUUGAAAAGACAACCAUGUUUUGAAGAUGGUGAAAAGAUAAUAGCAUCGUAUAUAUUCACAUCUGACUAUAUAUGUUCUUUUAUCUUUUAACCGUCUUUUCAACAUAGACGAGGCAAGUAGUCUGCCUCUGAUUGGUCAGUGCUCGUUACCUGCACUUGCUUGGUUUGGUUAGGUUUAGGUAUGAGGAGUGGGACGGUUUGGGGUUAAGGUAAGAUUAUUAGGGUAAGCCAGUGAGAGAGGGCGGUUCAUUCAGGAGAAAGUUGACUGAGGCCUGCUCAACUGUUACUGGAGCACAGAGCGGGAAGGGGCGGGACUUAGGAAGAGCCAAAUAGAGAGAAGAGCUCAUCUAACAUUUCUAACCUUUAGUUGCGACUACAUGCUUUAGCAGUUCUGACUGAAGCUCAUAUUGUACACAGAGCUGACCUUACAGUGUUCCAGUAACACACAGCUGUGGUCUGGAGGGUUAACAGUUGUACUGAUUGUAUAUAGAUUUUUGUUCUUUUUUCUCUCUCAAGAUUAAUUAUGUGAAGUGGUGAAAGAUGUAAAAAAAAAAAAAAUAAUCCUAUUUGAGGCGAUAUGAAACUCUUUCCAUUUGUAAGACUGAGUAAAGCUAACAUUGUAUCAUAUCAUUCAUAGCACAGGCUCGGGAGCGUCUGAGCAGCAGCAUGGCAAAUUCAGUCGUGACUGGAAAAAGGUAUUCAGAACAAACAGCUCAGCGGUUCAAAGUUCUGUUAUUUUUGGCUCCUUCUCGUCAUCUUUUUGAGCUCACACACACGGUACACAUCAGUAUUCGUGGAACUCCCAUGCUGCUCUCCUGAAUCUCUUGUUCAGCUGUUAUGAAUGUCUUUGAAUCGUGGUGGAAUGUUAGCUCAGCAUCAGUCGUGGUAGAGACGAUCUGCCCAACAUUUGCACAUAGGAAGUUGUCAACACUGCUCAGUCUUUUUCCAAGUUAACAUGUUGCAUUAAGGAAGCAAGAGAAAACGUUUCCAAGUGUACUAUUAACCCAAUUACUGUUACAGGUCAACCAUACGGUCACGCAGCACACAGUUGCAUAACGUUACCCCUCUCCAUUUGUACAAAUUUCAUUCCUCUUAAGUGCCUUCUGCCUUUAAAGUAGUCCAGUUUCUCUGCAGCCACGCUCUCUCCUGCUGUCGAUACCGUCGGAGGCUCCGCAUUCAUUCAACCACAAGCACGGCGUUUGAGAGGAAUGAUGUCACUGCAAAUCUCCACUACCCCUUCUUUACAUACGUAUCUGCAAACUUGUAAAUAGCUUUUUUUUUCAUAGAUUUGAAGGUUUAGACCUGUUGAAGUAGACAUAGAAAUAUAUUAGUGCCUAAAUAUAGUGGGAAUUAUUUUUGGUAAAGACACAUAGCACUAUUAGGCAAAAGAAAAAAAGAGAUGGAUACCCAAAGCAGGGAAGUUUGUAUAUGAGCUGUGGUUUAAAACACGUUUGAGCAGACGCAUUGUCCUGGCUAACUGAGGUGUGCUUGUCAUUAACACCACCGCCGGCCGGGGCAGUGAUUUUGAAACCCAUCGCUGCUUUCAGAAACAAAUGCGACAUUCAGGUCGAGAGUUGACUCAGUAUUUGUGAAAGUGUCGUGCAGCUGUAAUGGAGCUCUAAUACAGUCCAUUUACCAUUUAAUUAUUCAGGCAGUACGAGCGCAUUAUGAAGCAGAGUUCAUACACGGUGUCAAACAGCAAACAGGAAACCAUGUACAGCAGCUACAUGUGGGCCUAUUUUUAGCCCGCAGACAGUCCUGAGUGAGUCUGUCUGUAAUCUGGCUGUGUGUUGUAAAGCAGUGGUGAUAGAGAUUAUAUUUACAUCCCAGUGAGAUGUGAUGUGCAUCCUGUGCACCACAGUAUGAGGUGGUUUCCACUCUGUGUUCGGUGUCAGUGGGAAGGUUAAGCCAAGCUAACUCACCAUUGUGUUUCUUAAGAAUAGCAGCGCUCCACUGAUCCAGGAACUGUUACUAACUGAGGACCGGUACAUCAUGUAAGAAAACGUGAUUUUCUGAACCAAACUCACAUACAGUAGAAUGUCUGUUUGGGGCCUGCUGGGGCUGUUUUUGUUCAUUUUACAACCACUCUAUUUGUGAUUAAUAAAACUCACUUCUAAUAUUACUGGA